AGACUGAAGAACGAUUUAUAUGUUUCCUUUACAUCUUGAGUUAGAAUCUUGUAUGAAUUCUUUCACAUUUAGAUUCUAGGUCUAGUGACUGUAAUUGAGAGAACAUAUUGGAAGAAUGUCUAUUAUUGUUGUAAUUUUCUCUGUUUUCAUCUGUCAUAUCUCAAGUACUGACGUUAUGCUUCAAUAUGAGGCGAGUGACGUCACUGGAGAUCAAAUGCCCGACCAAGUCAAUGUAACUUUUAGCACAGAAACCAAAUCUCUAACCAAACUUAAUCUCAGACGCUCGCGACAUUUCAACCUUGACAUUCCUCUGUAUACUCUGGCCACCGACCAGGAGGGAAUUUUCCAUAGACAUAAAGUGAAAACCAGGCCUAAAAAGGAUCUAGGUUUCUACCAAGAUAUCACAAACAAGGCUGUUUUUCGUAUCCAAAGGUCUUCAGAGAAAUUGGCGAACAAGAAAUCUAAAUUUUAUUUGAAAGGAGAAUUUCUUCUCAACGCCUCCAGAUGUCUCUUCGACUCAGAGAGAAAGACCUUAAAAAAGCCUUGGAGAACUAUGUCCCUCAAAGCGAUGCCUCAUUCAACUACUAGACCUUCUUCCACGACAACAUUCGACCAAUAUGUUUAUAAUUUAGAAAUACUGAAAACCACAACGUUUGAUUUGUUUGACGCUAGAAUACCUCCGCCAGAAGAAAAAACUGUGAGAAUGAAUGCCAUCAACAUUAGAGACAUGCACAUGAAAAGCUCAGGACGUAAAUCUAACCGGUCAAAACUGAGGUCAGCCCCACAAAGCAGACGUCGCCGGAACGCAGUGCUGGACUACUACCCACAAAGCAGACGUCGCCGAAAUGCAGUGCAGGACUACUACCCACAAAGCAGACGUCGCCGGAACACAGUGCAGGACUACUACCCACAAAGCAGACGUCGCCGGAACGCAGUGCAGGACUACCACCCACAAAGCAGACGUCGCCGGAACGCAGUGCAGGACUACCACCCACAAAGCAGACGUCGCCGGAACGCAGUGCAGGACUACCACCCACAAAGCAGACGUCGCCGGAACGCAGUGCAGGACUACUACCCACAAAGCAGACGUCGCCGGAACGCAGUGCAGGACUACUAUGUGGACGUGGCGGCGGUGAUUGACUACAAACGCUACUCCAUGUUCUUAGCACAAGCGAACUACGAUAACUUCACGGCAAUGCAGAAUAUUCUAGAGUACUAUGCUUUUGUGUUUAGUGCGGCCGAUAUGCUGUAUCAAGGCAUCAAACAUCCAGAGUACACGAUUCAUAUUCUUCUGAGUAAAGUAUACGUUCUUCAGACGGUCACUUCGUCAAGUUUUAUUGAGACGAUCGCUGGCGACGAUGAGAUGAAUGGGGACGCAGCGUCCAAUAGUAUAGAAUAUUUUACCGUAGGUGCUGGGCGUGGCAUCGUCGGCUUUUAUGAUCACGUGAUGCUGUUCACUGGUUAUAACCUCUUUAGAGUGGACAGUAACUAUAAUAAAAAAGAUACCUUAGGGGUUACUAAUAGUGACUCAAUGUGUCGAACAGACGGAAGGAGCUCUUCUGUAAUAGAAGAUCGCAAAGGCUACUCUACCACUACUAUAGAUACGGUAGCACACGAACUGGCACAUAGCCUCUCAGCCAAGCACGACGGAGAAGACAAUACCUGCAAAGCUUCAAAGAGAUUCAUCAUGGGUUCUUCUGAAUUGAAAAAAAGGCCUGGGACAGAGUAUAAUCCCUGGCGGUUCUCUUCCUGCAGUGUCAAAUACUUUACCAGCUUUUUGAAGGAGAAAAUGAAGACCAGUCGAGGUUACACCUGUCUCGUCUACGCUAUCGAAGCAUCUGCAGACAUUCCAGAUGUAUCUGAUAAACUAUUGGGUCAGUUGGUCAAACCUGAUCAACAGUGUCAACAGUUGUAUGGAAAUAAUUCCUAUUAUUGCAGGGCUUCCGAAGCUAAAAGCUCUCUCAGUGACAUCUGCCUCUCCAUGUUAUGUGCGGAUUUUUCAAAAAAGAUUUGUAGCCCGCAGAGAGCACUCAUGGGGACAUCUUGUGGCGAUGGAAAGAUCUGUAUAAAUGGACAUUGUGUCAGCGACCCCUACGCUCCUCAGCUUGAUGAAAACUGUGCAUUUGGAGACAGACCGAACUAUUCUUGCAAUAUGUAUAUCAGUUUGUUUAAAGGCAACUGUUACUCUACUGGUCGCUAUCAAUCAUGCUGUGACACGUGUAACAAUGUGUCUAGGCCCGUGAAAGGCUGUGAAUACGGAGACAGAAUACUGUAUUGUACACAAGAUCACUGCUUGAAUGCUAAAGAGGAUUGCUGCGGCACGUGUAACUAUGGCACCCCCUUUACCCCAAUGUCCAGCACCAGAAGAAGCACACCAAUAAGAUUAGCCACGACAGCGAAUCCACGUGUGAUAUUCACUCCAAUUAAAGAAUGUGAACCAGGAGAUCAAGACUUGAGACCAGAACUGUGUACUAACAUUAGCGUCUGCCUGAUACAGCCAGCACAGUGCUGUCACUACUGCUCAUUAUAUUACACGUCUACAACUACAAGAACCACGUCACCCAAAACUAAAUGUGAACCGGGAGAUUUAGACUUGAGUCCAGAACAAUGUCUUAGCCCUAGUGUCUGCAAGACACAGCCAUUACUGUGCUGUAACUAUUGCUCGUUCUAUUUCAAAAAUGAAUCAAUUACCACACCAACUUCGCCCAAAGAAUGUGAACCAGGAGAUCUAGACUUGAAACCAGAACUGUGCACUAACACUAGUGUCUGCCAGACAAAUUUAUCACUGUGCUGUAACUAUUGCUCGUUACAUUACAAUUCUUCAACUACAAAUACUACACAAUCAACGUCCCACAAAGAGUGUGUACCAGGAGAACCAGAUUUAAGUCCACAGCUGUGUACUAGCCCAAGUAUCUGCCAGACACAGCCAUUGAUGUGCUGUAACUAUUGCUCUUCUCGUGACAAUUCUGCAAGCCAUCUCUCAUUAUACACUAUUCGGAUAUAUCGUUGUUUUUGCACUGCGUUCUAUUUUCUUUAUAUUAAAACAAAUGUCUAUUAGGUAGAUAGAGUACAGAUGUCUAUUGGUAAAGUACUUUAUAUGUCAAGUCCACUGAUAUCCCCUUAUUUGAUAUUUUAAAUAAACGCUCGUACAAAAAGUUA